CUGGAGCCAGAGCGUGGGUCGCAGGAUUGUCCACCACUGCAGCGCCUCCCCCAGGGUCCACAGCACCUUCUGUGCACAGGGUGACCAGGGUGGAGGAGAUGGCUCCACGUGUGUCCAGUCCCCUCUCCCGGAAUGGCCAGCGGCCUCUGCUGGCUGCACACCACUGCUGUGCACAUCUUCCAGACAGACCCAAGCCGCCGGUCUGGUCUGGCCCCUCCCUGCACGACUGCCGCUGUGCCUGCUCUCUCGCCAAGUCCCUGGCACAUCCUCACUGCUGCCCUGGACCCCAGGGCCUCACCCCUCUGUGACGCUGGGCAAGGGGAGCUCUGGGCACGGGGCUGUGGCCCCUCCUCCACAUGCAGCUCGUCCUCUUCCCACACUACCCACCACAGCCCCUGGCCUUGCACCUCCCUGUGUCCCCCAUCCCAGGGCUGUGGGGGCACCUGCCGAGCAGACCCCCCACAAAGAUGCCACUGGCACCUUCCAGUGCUGCCUGGAUCCCGAGUGGGCCUCUUCCCAUGGGGCUCUGCGUCCUCGGUCUUGCUGGGUACGUGUGAAGUCGACUGUGGAUGCGCUAGGGCUGCCUGGGUCAGCUCUUCCCACACACACCGAUGGGAAUCGCACAUCUGUCUGAGGGCUGCCGCCGUUAUGUGUUUGUUCUUCUGCGGUCACCUCCACUGCGGACUGUCGUGGGUGUCCCUGCACCUCCAAGUCUCAGAUGAGCUGAGUGCCUGUGGCCGUCAGGGGCUUUGCCUGGGCUUGGAAGACUCAACAGUGUUUCAGAGGAGAGCAAGCCUCCCAGACUUGGAGCUGUGUCUGCUUGAGCACAGCAAGCCCAUCCUGCCUGUGAGCCCUGGGGAGCACAGCAGGACCUGCGUGAGGACUCUGUUCCCAGGAGUACCGGUGUGAGCAGAUGAAGUAGCACAGAGCCCUGAUGUCGGAAGCCCCAGGAGAGACGGGGACAAAGGCCGCUCGGUGUACAUUUUGGCGGAUGGCGCGAUUGCGUCAGUCCAGUGGGUGGCGGGCAGAGGCGGACAUAGAAAGAACGAGGCUGGAACGAGGGUGCCUGCGUGCAUUAUUCUACUAAGAAUACUUUUUUCUAAAAUAGAUACCUAGGAACUUCGGGCCAAGUAGAUACAAAACUCGAAAAUAAUCAGACCAUAGAGGCCACUCAACAAACCCGUACCUCCUGAGCUCCUGAGCGAGGACGCGGCUGGAAGAACACAACCAGAGCUGCAAAACUGAACUUAAAGACAGAAACAUGACCCGAGCUUGGAUCUCUGAGCCCAGUAAUGCAGCUCCCAGAGUGGCUGGGCCCAGGCAGGUUCCGGUGCGGCUCACCCACUCUCUCCCAGGCCAAGGCCGCCCUGACACCAUUAAGCGAAUGGCUGGUGAGGUGCUGGCCUCCGCCCAGGGCAGGAACGUGUUUGGAGCAUUUCCCUCCCUCAGCAGCACAAACAUCUAUUCUGGGUUUGGGCUGUUUUCCAACUUGGGUUACAGAUGAUAAACAACAGGUUUUUUGGCGGGGAGGGUUGAGUGAAAUUUUCACUUGGCACUUCACAAAACACAAUUUAAAAAACAUAAUCGAAGAAAUUGUUAGGUGGAAAAUAGUUGAGACCUAAAGAAUUGCU